GGACGCGCCUGUCAAAUCACACGACAUUUGCCGUCUCCUCCGUAAAGUGUGGAAAUUUUCUGAAGAAAACUUUGGUGGCGAUUUUUCCGCAAACUUCCUUAAAUUUUUACACUUACAAUGGCAGAUCUUGGCGCUCCGGUCCGCGUGUCCCCGCUGAUUAAGUUCGGCCGCUGGUCGUUCCUGGCCGUCGGAGUCGCGUACGGUGCGUACCACCAGCAGCGUCUGGCCAAGCGCGAGGUCGGCAUCCGGGAGAUCGAAGCCCAGCAGAAGGCCAUCCGUGACAAGAAGCUUGCCGCGGAAAAGAAGCGCAACCAGGAGGAGGAAGCCAAGGCCAUUGCUGAGCUGUCGGGACCGGCGAAGAAGUAAACGGGAGCUGCGAGAAUUUAUUGUUAGUCCCUUAUUUCUUAAUCAUUAAAUGGCGGUUCGUAAUAAACAUUCAACAAGCGAAAUGUAAAAUGCAA